CAGGACUCCUACCUGCAGGGCUUGGCGAGGAAGGUCUGCGCGCAGCACGCCCCGGAGUCGCGGAAGAGGAAAUUCGUGUCUAAGCCAGGCCAGCCUGAGGAUGCUGGUGGGCAGCUCAAGAAAAAGAAGAGAAAGAAACUCAAGAAGCAACAUGAGAAGAAAAAUGCUCCUUCAGCCAAACAGGUGGCCUCAGAUGCCAAGAAACCCACUCCAGGACAGAAAGCAGCCCCUCAAGCCAGCAAGCCAUCUCCAGAGGGUGUUACACAGAGCAGAAGGGACAGCCUCAUGACAGGGAGCAAAAGUGAACUGGAUUCCACUUCUUUUUCUGCAAUGAAUCUCUUGCGCCAGAGACUACAUGAAAAGAUUAAAAAAGCUUCUGGACAAGGUGAUGUCAAAGAAUUGCCCCCUGCAGUCCUGGAGAAGAGGCAGCGCAGGAAGUAUGAGAGGGAGAGAAAGAAGCGACGGAGGAAAGAAUUGAAGAUGAAGGCAAAAAUGGAGAAGAAAGAAACCGAGGAGGUACCGGUAGAGCCAGAAAGCAAAAAGGAGGAGAGCACAGCUGAGGUUGUCUUUAACAGGGUCGAAGUCCACGGAGAGAACGAGUUGAACAAGAUCCAGAAGAAGAAAGAGAAGAGGAAAGCCGUGAAAGGCAACAUCACUCCUCUGACGGGCAAGAACUACAAGCAGCUGCUGAGCAGGCUGGAGACCAGGAAGAACAAGCUGGAGGAACUGAAGGAUAAGGACCAGAAGAAAGCUCAGGAGCUGGAGAACAAGAUGAAGUGGACAAACGCUCUCUACAAGGCAGAAGGCGUGAAGAUCCGUGACAACGAGGAGCGCCUGAAGGAGGCCCUGAAGCGGAAGGAGAAGCUCAAAGCCCAGCGCCAAAGGCAGUGGGAGAGUCGGACGGUCAGAGUGGUGGAGAAGAUGCAGCAGCGGCAGGAAAAGCGUCGCAAGAACAUCCAGAAGAAGAAGAAGGACAGGAUAGAGAAGAAGAAAGCCAGGGCCAGGAAGAAGGGCAGGGUUCUGCCAGAGGACUUGAAAAAAGCUGGUUUAAUGUGAGGGGGGGUGGAGGGGAAGUGUCAGGGCUGGGGUCGCUGCUGU